AUGUUGGCUAUCUAUCGGUUUGUAUCCCAUAUACCAAUUCCAGGCAUUAACACUGCUCAGCUCAACGAGUUGUUCGAGAACAACCAGUUGCUGGGUUUUCUGGACCUCUUCAGCGGCGGCGCAUUAAGCCGCAUGAGCAUUGUGGCGCUGGGGGUAUUCCCUUACAUUACCGCGUCCAUCGUAAUGCAGCUGCUUACGCCAGUUAUACCGUCACUCCAACAAUUAUCCAGAGAAGGAGAGGCUGGACGGGUCAAGAUAAACCGGAUGGUUCACUGGCUUACCGUCCCUAUUGCCGUCGCUCAGGGCUUUGGUCAGUUGAUUCUCCUGCAGCAAAGCAAUGUCCUCACCAAUGUCGGCUUUUCCGGAGACGCGCUGCUCCCCACCGUAGCUGCCAUUAUCUCUAUGACGGCGGGCACCAUGUUUCUGGUAUGGCUCGGUGAGAUGAUUACUGAGAGAGGCAUCGGCAACGGCAUUUCGCUGAUAAUCUUCGCCGGUAUCGUGGCCGGGUUCCCUGGCCUGAUCACUCAGGGCUUUUUGGAUCGGCAGGAUGUUCUGGGUAUCGGCUUUUUUGUCAUCAUUGGCGUCUUGAUUAUCGCGCUGAUUGUGCUCUUCAACGAGGCCCACCGGAGAAUUCCGGUCCAGUACGGACGCAGCAUUUUCCGGGGAGGUCGCAUGUACCGCCAGAGCGGCGGCACCUACAUACCUCUGAGCAUUAAUUCAGCGGGAAUGAUCCCCUUGAUUUUCGCCUUUUCCAUAGUAAUCCUUCCCGGAACAGUUGCUACCUAUUUCGCUACGAACACCGGAGCCAUUGGAGAUGUAGCCAGAUUUUUUGCCGACCUGUUCAAUCCUACUUCUCCAAUCUACUGGGUGUUGGUGUUUAUUCUGGUAGUAAUAUUCACCUUCUUCUAUACAUUGGUGGUGUUUCAGCAGCAGAGCCUGUCCGAGAAUCUGCAACGUAAUGGCGGAUUCGUGCUGGGAAUCAGGCCUGGGAGGCCUACGCAGGAAUACCUUAACCGCGUGAUAGUCCGCAUUACGACCGGCGGGGCGCUGUUCCUCGGGUUUGUCGCCAUUGUUCCAUAUUUGGCCUCGUUGGUAACCGACGUACAGGCCAUUCAGCUGAGCAGCACCAGUCUCUUGAUUAUGGUGGGUGUUGGAUUGGACACCUUGAGACAAUUGGAGGCCCAGUUGUUGAUGAGAAAUUAUGAAGGAAUUUUGAGGUAA